CCUGGCAGCAAUAAAAAGGGGGGAGAGCAGGCACAUCGGCAGAGCCCUGCAAGGAGCGCAUCCCUGGGUACGCCAGCUGCCUGCCCGCUUCAGAGAUGGUGCAAGCAGCUCCCUUCCUCCUGCUGCUCGGCCUGGCCCUGCUGGCUCCCGGCCUCUCUGCGAGAAAGUGCGUGCUGACCGGGUUCUGGGUCAACGACCUGGGCUCCAACAUGACCAUCGCAGCCGUGAACGCAAAAGGUGAAUUCACUGGCUCCUACUACACGGCUGUGUCAGAUACCACGCAAAAGAUCCAGGUGUCACCACUGCAAGGAUACCAGAACCUUAUGAGCCCGGAGAGCCAGCCCACCUUUGGCUUCACCGUCAACUGGAGCUUUUCAGACUCCAUCACUGUCUUCACGGGCCAGUGCUUUGUGGAUAAGAAGGGAAAGGAGAUUUUGAAGACCAUGUGGCUCCUGCGGUCACGUGUGGACAACAUCGACAAUGACUGGAAAGCCACCAGGGUUGGCACCAACGUCUUCAAGCACCCGCAGCCGCAGAAGGAGUGAGGGUGGCAGUGCAGGGGUUCCCGGGCCAGCAUCAUUCCGGAUGCCCCCCUCCUGCCCCAGCCCCUGCUUCUCCCAAUAAAGCUUUGCUGCAA